AUGGCAUCACCCCAGUCCCCCGACCCCGCCCCGGCAGUCCGCCCCGCCCCGCCGGUGACGGUCCGGAAAUACCACCCACCCCUCGGUCUGGACUGGGUCGUGAUAGCCGGCAUGACAGCCUACAUCGCCAGCUUCGCGCUCGUCCACCUCUGCGGUCUCGGCAGCAGCCCCUCCCCCCCACCACCCGGGUCCCCAUCGUCAUUCGCCGCCGCCCUUCUGGAGGCGACCGGCUUCCCCGGCGGCGCGCCCGGGUUCCGGCGCCUCGUUGACGCCAUUGCGGCGCCCGUCCUGGCCAUCCACGUCGCCGAGGCGUGGUGGAUGGACCGCUCGCGCCUGGCGGCGCACGGCGUGGCCCGGGGCACGGCCGUCUGGUGGGCGUGGGUAGGCGGGUGCCUGGUCGAGGGGGUCACGGCGUUCCGGAGGUUCGACCGCGUCGUCGCUGCGCUUGAGGAGGAGAGGGGGAGGGGGAGGGGGAAGGGAGGGGAGCGGCGGGGGAGUUGA